AGUUUUCUCGAAACGAUCGCUGACAAAAACAAAGACGGACUUCUUCCACGCGCUCGCCACUCACACCAAACUCAUUACAAAACUCUAUCGUCCUCCUCCUUUUCGUUACAAAACAUUGUCUUCAUCCCAAGUUUCUUCUUCUACUUUCCGGAAAAACAGGAAUUCACAAAACCCAAUAUCGAGAAAAUGCAUGAUUUCUGCUUCACAAUACCCUAUGGGAUGCUCCUAAUCGGCGGUGGAUUCAUCGGGUACAUGAAGAAAGGAAGCAUCACAUCUUUCGCCGGAGGUGCAGUCGCUGGCUUGUUACUCAUUCUCGCUGGAUAUCUCAGUCUCAAAGCUUUCGAGAUGAAGAAAAAUUCUUCCAUCGCUGUUGUUCUUCAGACAGUAAUCUCAGCUGCUCUCACACUAGUCAUGGGACAGCGUUACUUGCUCACUCAAAAGGUUAUGCCGGCUGGUCUAGUUGCUGGGAUCAGUGCUCUCAUGACCUGUUUUUACGUAUACAAGAUCGCUACUGGUGGCAAUAAGAUCUCAUCAAAAACUGAAUGAUGGCUAUGCAACUCUGUUUUUUCUUUUCUCGGCGAUGUAUAUGAUUCUCUCCUUUUGUUGUCGAUUAGAGAUCUCUCGUGUGGUUCUGAGAUUAGUUUGUAUUAGUCGAAGAACUUCAUAUUGUCAUAUGUGUUGAUUCGUUUCUUGUAAUCAUGUUUUUGUUAACGACAAAUUGUUUUGAGUCAUAUUAUAUCAUCAAGAUAUCUGACGGUUUGCUACA